AUGUGCAACAAUCUUUUCCCUGUGCAGCCGCUCCGCUCCGGCUGGCUCUAUAACAACUGGAUGUAUGCUUUGGCUGGAAAGAUUAUAGAGGAAGUGACCAAGUGCUCUUUCGGGACAGUCCUGGCCAGUCAUGUCCUUGAUAAGCUUGAGCUCAAGAACACCAGUCUGAUCAGCUCAUCAAUACCGUCGGGUUUGACAGCACAUCCAUACCUCGUCUUUGAUGACAAGACUUUGAUGCGCAGCCCCGAUUUGGGCAUGACAGAUGAAGACAUCAUGUCAUCCGCCGGUGGAGUUCGCAGCAAUAUACCGGAUAUGCUCACAUGGGGGAAUGCGUUGCUGAGUCCAUUUCGCAAUGACAAUGACGGGCCUCUCAACUAUAUCGAUGCUGCCAUGUACGGGCACAGCUUCAUGAACCAAUCGUUCAAAUCAGACGAGGCUUACGGUCUUGGCUUUGCCAAAGUCGAUCUGCCGGCACAGUUUGGCAAGAUAGGAUUUAACCCUGGUCUUGUAGAGAAGGGAAUGCCAGUCUUGAAUCCUGGUCUCGCUCAUCAGGUCUUCUACCACAAUGGUGCCAUCACAGGUUACAACAAUUGCUUCAUGCUUAUUCCCGAACUUGACGCGGUUAUCAUCGUUUUGACAAACUCGAUCUCCCAGAGUGAUGUCGCAGACUGGGUUGCCCAGACACUGCUACAAGCCGUCAUUGACUCGCCAUCGCCGGUUGAUAUGAGGCCAUUAGCCAGACGAGCGGCUGCUAAAUGGAGAGCACAAUAUAAAACCAUGGUUGACAGUUUGGAAGAUGCAAGAACUCCUCAUACUCAGGAACCUAAACGUUGCAGCCUGACGGGCAAAUAUUGGCACCCAACUCGCGCGCUUUACCUUGAAGUCUUUGAGGACGACAAAGUCCUCAGCUUCAGUAUCAAUGGGAAACCAUCUCAGUCACAUGUUCUGUCUCACUACAACUACGAUACGUACAUGUUCCUUCCGUCGGCUGAUGAUCGAGUUCGGCGUGGGCUUUUCCACUACGGAGUCCAAUCUUGGCUGCUUCACUUCAAGGAGAAUGCGGACGGUCGGUCUGACAGUCUUGUGUGGAAUCUGGAUGCAAAAGCGGUUGAGGGGGAAGUGUUUACAAAAGAUCCGCAGUAG